AUGGCGGUGCGGUGCGCUCCGGACCGGCCCCGCUCGGUUCAGGUCCCGCUCGGCUGGGUUCGGCCGCGCUCGGUUCGGCCCCGCUCGGCUCAGUUCGGCCGCGCUCGGUUCGGCCGCUUUCGGCUCGGCUCCGCUAGGCUCGGCUCGGCUCCGCCCAGUUCGGUGCCGCUCGGCUCGGUUCGGCCCCGCUCGGCUGCGCUCGGCCCCGCUCGGUUCGUGUCCGGACCCCGCUCCGGUGUCCCCCUCCGGUGCCCCGCGCGUGUCCCCCCGCCCGGCCACAUGCCCCCUCCGCGCCCCCCCGGCCCCACGCGUGCCCCGCGGUGUGCGGGAGCGGGGGACACGGCGGGGGACGCCAAGGGGGAGGCUGAGGAUGGGGGCGGCAAAGGGGGAGGCACAGCGGGGGAUGCCGGGGCAGAAGCACCGAAGGACGCCGGGGGCGAUGCCGGGACUGCCGAGGGCGCCGGGGAUGACGCCGGGGGUGACACCGGGGGAGACGCCAGAGGUGCUGGGGGUGACGCCGGGGGAGACGCCGGAGGUGCUGGGGGUGACACCGGGGGAGACGCCGGAGGCGCUGGGGGUGACACCGAGGCAGUAGCAGCCGCGGGGGCUGCUCCGACGGGGGUGCAGGAGGCGGCUGGGCCAAAGCUGACAGCAGCAGGGAGCACCCCGGGGCGGCAGGAGCCAACCUGGCUGCAGGACGAGGAUGACGAGCUGUGGCCUGAGUUCACCACCAGCAGCCCCACAUCCCCCCUGUCCCCCCUGUCCCCGAUGUCCCCUACAUCCCCCCUGUCCCCCAUGUCCCCCACAUCCCCUGUGUCUCCCACGUCCCUCACGUCUCCCACAUCCCCCACAUCACCCACAGCCGGCACCACUGAGGGCUCAGGGGGCAGCGAGAGGGGUGCUCCGGCAGAGGGGCCACGGGGCCGGGUGCCCCCCGGGCCGGGGGGGCAGAGGCCAAGGCUGGAGGGGUCCGUGGGGCGGCCGCGUGCAAGCACCAGGGCCCAGGGGCGCAGUGCCAUCCUGGAGAAGUUCGGAGGGGCAGCCACGGGGCCGGCCCCACACCUGAAGCGGGCAGGGGGCACCGCCACAGUAAAAGCGAUGCUGCUGGAGUGGUGCCGCGCCAGGACCCGCGGCUAUGAGCACGUGGACGUGCAGAACUUCUCGGGGAGCUGGGGCAGCGGCCUGGCCUUCUGCGCGCUCCUGCACAGCUUCUUCCCCGACGCCUUUGACUACGGCAGCCUAGAGCCGGGCGCGCGGCGCCACAACUUCACCGUGGCCUUCGCCACCGCCGAGGAGCGCGCGGGCUGCGCCCCGCUGCUGGACGUGGAGGACAUGGUGCGGAUGGCGGUGCCCGACGCCAAGUGCAUCUACACGUACCUGCAGGAGCUGUACCGCUGCCUCGUGGCCAAGGGGCUGGUGAAGACCAAGAAGCGCUGAGCGGGGGCCCCGCGGCCCCCCCCAGAACACCCCCCCGCUGUGGCCCCCACCAGUAAAGGCUUGUGGAGAUGG